AUGAAGUCUACUUGUCCACCACCCCCGGCUGUCCACAGCUAUGCGGAAUUGGUCGACUUCAGAAAGACCUAUAGCGACACUAUUUUCGUAUCUAUUGAUAUCGAGAAUAUCGACCACCAACCCAAUGAGCGUCCGAUGCAAAAAUUGUCAGAAAUGGGCGUAGCCCUUUUCGACCUAAGAAGUGGUCCAUCAAAUUCCGAGGUAGAGAGAAUCAAAGCCAUUCAAGUACAACAUACCAUCAUCGACGAGUGGGCUUGGGUGACCGCAAAGACAUGCCCAAACCGUCGGAAGGCUUGGCAUCGCGGGGCACACAAACCAUCACCAUACACGGCAACAUUCUGUCUAAGCGACGUCCAGUCGAGCCAGAAGGUUAUGAGCCAGCUCACCGAUUACUUUCGGAUUCUACAAAACCAACACCUCACUGAGACGGAAGUGGCCGACGGCGUCCGCCGCAAGGUUGUCAUCCUGUCCUGGGACUCAAACGCUGAAUCCCAACUGUUCAACGAUUAUAAAUACAAUUUCACCGGAAGCAACAACAUUGAGCACUGGGACUUCCAGUUAUGGCUUCCCGUCUUGAACCGGUUCGGCCAUGGCAACAAGACUGGAGCUGAAAGAUUCUAUGCGACAACCGGCAUUCUCGGCUCGGAAGAUCAUUCAAUCACGCUACACAAUGCUUCCAACGACGCAUGGGCGCAGGUGGCUACGCUCAUUCGCUUCUUCCACAUGUCGAAGGAGGACUUCUCCCACUGGGUCCAGGCUGAAGAGGAUCUCAAACCCUUGGAUUUGAGCUGGGUUGAUGUCCAGAUUCUCCACCACAACACCGCCUUGGAACUCGAGUACAAGCGGUUCCCCAACAAGAACGGUCUUUCUGGUCCUUCGUUAGCAAUGCGCCCUGCUUUGCUCGGUCAAGCCGCAAACAGGAACGGGCAUCACCAUCACAAGCCCAGUCCACCCCCCGCCAUGAACGACACUUCCGUCUUUCCCGGGCUACCUCCUCGGAUCCAAGAGAUCAAGGCACCUCCAAAAACCGUGUGGGGCGCCAAAUCAAAUGCGCGAAAUCUGUUCAAAUCUGAGGAAAGUUAUACAACCGGAAAGAGCAGCGGUCUCCAAGUCCCGAGGAGUCCAGAAGCCAAGCCACCACCCAAAUCCUGCUGGUCUGUCCCACUCUGCUUUCGUCCAUCUUCCUCAUCACCCUCUUCUUCUUCUGCUACCACAUCGCCUACCCAGUUAACACCAGCCUCCACGCCUCCUUCUUUGACCUCAGCUUCGACUUCCCCUACCCCCUCACGACCUACCCACACCACCGAUAGCAACGCACCUGCAAGUAGCAGCACUGCGACCAUUGAUAAAAUCGGCUCAAACGACCUCCGAUCCCAUCACAAAUUAGCAAGUGCUCGAAAUUGCAGCGAUGGAGUCGCCGGUCCAGCGAUGGAGAAUGGCCAGUGCCUAUCAAAGAAUGCGCCAAAGAGGAAGAAGCGAGGAAAGAAGAAACAGGUGACCGGUGCAGGAAAGGCGUUCGACAGUCUCGGGGCUCUUGGAGCAGGGGCCGGGGGCAUGGCAGUGUUGCACAACGCUGCCAACGAUACGUUCACCCAAGUCGUCGCCUUCCUGCGAUUCAUGGUCAUGACAGAGGCCGAGUGGAAGAAUUGGCGUGGUCGUUCAGACUAUACCCCUGGUGACCUGGAUCCAGUCGACUUGUCCUGGAUUAGCGGGGAAGUGUGGAAGGCGAACCAGGAGCUUCGCCCGGUACUUCAACUGGGGGAGAAACCCCAGGAAGUCGAGGAUCCCGAGGAUCCAGAGCCUGAGCCCGUCAUUGUGCACCACAGCGCAAUGGCUGAGAUCGAGGCUGGUGUCACUUUCACCACUGUCGGUAGCGCGAUGGAGUUGAGAAGCUGGGCGGAUGUUCUGCGAAAGCCGGCAGAGAAAAUCAUCAAUCCCACUUCGCCAUGGUCACCGACCACAAGCUGGUCCUUCACGAGCUGGUCCUCGACUACCUGGACUUCAUCCUCCUGGGAAUCAUGGGAAUGGAAGUCAACCACGGGGUGGUAG